AACAAAAAGCAAAGCGCGCACGUGGAAUACAUCGCGUCUUUCCAUUUGGCCGCAAUUUCUUGAAUAAUUCUCUUAAACUAUGGUUUUCUUCACCUGCAACAUUUGCGGCGAGUCGGUCAAAAAACCCGCCGUCGAAAAACACUACCAGACAAAAUGCCGGGGGAAGACAAAAAACGUUUCGUGCAUGGACUGCCUCAAAGAUUUCUAUGAAGAGGAAUAUGUAGCGCACAUUAAAUGCAUUUCGGAGGCUCAAAAGUAUUCCAACCAAAACUUCACGCCCAAGGAGCCAAGGAACAAGAACGCACAGAAACAGGAGAGCUGGAUGGAUAUCAUACGUGCAAUAUUGGACAGCAGCGAGUACCAGCUGACGCCGACGUUGCGUAGCGCCUUCCAGCGGCUGCAGAGCGUGGACAAUGUGCCGCGCAAGAAGGUGAAAUUUGAGAACUUUGUGGGCAACUGCAUGCGUAUGCCACGCCAGCAAGCAGCACAGGUGUGGGAUAUACUCGAGAAGGAGCUGAACAAAAUGAAGGAGGCCAAACAGGCCGAGAUUCAAGCAGCCAAGGCGGCCAAGGAGGCAGAAUUAAAGCAAAAGGAACAAGAGCAAGAGGCGCCGCCCAAAAAGAAAUCCAAGCUAGAGUCAGCGGAGCCAGCGGCGGCUGCAGCUGAAGCUACUGCAGAAACCAACGAAUUCGAUUGGACUGCACAGCUGCUGAAGCUAGUGUCCAAGCAGCCCGAUGGCAUCUUCCAGGAAAAGCUGAAGAAGAAGCUGCUAAAGAAGUACACAAAGCAUCUGGCCGUCGAGCAGUUGAGCGAGAAACAGACAAAGAAGUUUGAGAAACGCUUUGACAAGCAGCUCAAAAAGUCGGAUGCACUGCAGCUCGAAGGCGAUUUGGUUAAGAGAAUCCAGCAGGACGUCUCAUGAUCUAGCGUAAUUUAGACUGUAUCUUAACGUAAUGUUAGAGAGCAAUUAAAAGUGUAAGGAAAAAAUUGUAAA